AUGAGUGGAGAAUAUUCGGAGGCUUCGCUGAUCUCCCAUCAGCCUAAAAAAUUGCGGUUGCUCUAUGAGCCUCUCUGCUUGCUCCACACUCUAAGCGAAGUCCGAGGGGAUCGAAUAAAGCCCGGUGAUAUAUCCCCCGAAGGCCCGGGGCUGACUGCCCCCAGAUGCUAUCGAUCCUUUGUGGACGCCAUCGCCUAUAUAUGUGCGUACCAGAAGAAGCCUGGCUACGUCACCGCGGCGGCCCUAGAAGAGACUCCCGAUGCGAUAGUAGUUCUGCUGGCUGCCAACAAUAGCAUUGAUACGGCGAUCGUCACUUUUCUGCAGAAGGUUCUCAUAAUUCUUUUAUGGAUCAUCGAUCAUCCUACGGUUCGACUGGACACGAAUGAGGGCCGAGAGGUGAUGAAAAUUUUGACUGCCCACGUGCUGGACCUCAACGCCCCCAAAAUCUUCGUAUACUAUCAGCAGGUGAACAAACUGGUCUCGUUGGUGAUGGGACGAUUGAAUGCCGAGUCUGGAUUGAAAGGUACGCAGCCCUGUCCGGAAGAAGAGCGGCUCUUGCUGGACAUCAAGGCUGAUGAAGCGUUACCACCACGAGCAGAUCAUGACGGCAUCAUCAAACUCCGCAACUGGAUUGCAACGCACCUUUCAAAGAGCAGUAUGCAGCUUCAGGAAAGCGACAUGCCAAGCCUGGCCCUCUCCAGCUACAGGGACCGGGAGGUGUUCAAGGCCUUGCAUCACACCACCGGGAGCCUUGAGCAAUCCCGUAACUUUGAGCGACUCCAUAAGCUGCUCUACAAGCUGGGGAAGCACGUGGCUCAGUGUAAGCGACUGAUCGAGGCCACCAUCAGGCUUCGCUUAGAGUUAUCACGAGGCUUGCGCAUCGAGACGAUUGGGGGGUCGCAGGAGAACCCGAUCCCUCUGGUGGUCCGUACUUGCAACAUUCAGGACAUUAGUCAUCGUAUUUUCUCUGAUUCGGCGAAGCAAGAUAUAUUCCUGCGGCAGUUGCAGCAAAUAUACUCAGAGAAGGAACUGGACCGGGUCCUGUCCAAGGAUCUCUGUAAAGGCAAAACGCGCGUGCAUGCGGAACUUUUAGUUCUCGACCACUUUGAGCAGACAGGUGGCAGGUUCCUCGAUGAGAGGGAUAGGUACAUUGGAUGCAGUAAGCCAGCCUGCUACCUCUGCCACAUGUUCAUUUCUUGCCAUCCAAGAGGCUAUGCGAGCCCCCCUUCCCACCAGAAGCUCUACCUGAACUGGCGGCUUCCUGAUGUCUUUGCGGACGAACAGAAUGCCGCGACGCGCUCUCAGCAUCAACAGGGUGUUCUGCUUCGCAUGAUCGACACCGUCAGGAGGGAUUUAACAAACGACAUCGCUACCAGUGUCGGUAAGCGGAUGAGCUUCGCGGACUCGACAGCGGGAGGCACCUCAACCAUUAUUGACAUCGAAACUGAUAUCAGUCCGUCCAUGGCCAGUCUCUCUCUUGACGAACUACGAAAGACGCUUGAUCGUCAAGAUAAAGCCGGCCGUGGUCCUCGAGAACCUCACAUGGACCCGAAGUUCAACCCUUGGGGCGUUCCCUAUUUUCCUAGCGAGACUAGCGUAGAGACUGAGAGUGAUGAUUCUGCUACUGGUGGGGUGGGGAUUUAA